GUGACGUCACGCUGUCGGGCUGGGGCUGGGAAAAACAUGUAACGGCGAAAGGUUCGGUGAACCGACCCACGACGUCCCGCACCGAGACCCGGUUCGCCGAGAGAGACCGACUCUCUUCCAUCAUAUUGGGACUGUGUGGGGAGGUGGGGAAGGCCUAGUCCCCCCACCUUGAUCAGGCCAGACACCCCACACGCUCCUCACCCGCUCCCAUGGAGAAACAAGGCACCAUGAGCACACCAGGCAAGGCCAGCGGGCUCAAACCCCCCAGUAAAAUAGUCCGUCCAUCUGGGGUGCCAUCAAGGACGUCCCCAUCCUCUGGUACUGCAAAGCCAGUUCCACCUGAGAAGUCCCUGGGCGGUGUGACCUCCCCAACCCUGGAUGGAAGUGCUGACUUUCAGAUCGGGGAGAGGGUCUGGGUCAAUGGCAACAAGCCCGGCUACGUGCAGUUCAUCGGGGGCACGCAGUUUGCUCCCGGGCAGUGGGCGGGCAUCGUGCUGGAUGAGCCAAUCGGGAAGAACGACGGGUCAGUGGCAGGGGUCCGGUACUUCCAGUGUGAGGACGGAAGGGGAAUAUUUACGCGGCCUUCGAAGCUAUCCAGGACGGCACUGCCAGAGAAGGAGGCGAACGGAGGCCAGGCCAGCCCAGCACAAGGAGCCCCUGCAGCAAGCGAGCCCGCACCUGUUGGCACUACCUCAACCGCUCAGGGCACCGGCAUAAAGACAAGUGGUGUACUGAACCGAAUGCUCACGUCCAGCGAGUCGGUGUCAAACCUGUCAGACACAGAAUCCAUGAAGAAGAACAGAAGGGAGCUGAGGCUGGGAGACCGUGUGCUGGUGGGUGGUACGAAGGCAGGAGUCGUGAGGUUUCUGGGAGAGACAGACUUUGCCAAGGGAGACUGGUGUGGAGUGGAACUAGAUGAACCACUUGGCAAGAAUGAUGGAGCUGUGGCAGGGACCAGGUACUUUCAGUGCUUGCCCCGGUUUGGUCUGUUUGCUCCCGUCCAUAAGGUGACACGUAUCGGCUUCCCGUGCACAACACCGACCAAGGCGAAGAGCUCACGGAGGAGGUCCACCCUCAAGAGGAGCCCCAGCGCUUCAUCCAUCAGCUCGCUCAGCUCCGCCACCUCCUCCAUCAGCGGCAAACCCAGCCGAGCAGGACUGCUGACGGAGACGUCUGCUCGGUACGCUCGUAAGAUUUCUGGCACCACGGCUCUGCAGGAGGCUCUGAAGGAGAAGCAGCAGCACAUCGAGCAGCUGCUAGCAGAGAGAGACCUGGAGAGGUGUGAGGUUGCAAAGGCAACCAGCCAUGCAGGAGAGGUGCAGCAGGAGCUGGUUCUGCUGAGGAAAGGACGGGAUCAGUACGCGAUAGAGAUGGAGGCAAAGCUCGAUCAGCUGCGUUCGCUGGUGGAAGCAGCAGAUCGAGACAAAGUGGAGCUGCUCAACCAGCUGGAGGAGGAGAAAAGGAAAGUGGAGGAUCUGCAGUUUCGUGUGGAAGAGGUGUGCAUCACCAAAGGAGACCUGGAGACGCAGACCAGGCUGGAGCAUGCCCACGUAAAGGAGCUUGAGCAGAGCCUGCUCUUUGAAAAGACCAAAGCUGAAAAACUCCAGAGGGAUUUAGAGGACACUAGGGUGGCCACUGUGUCUGAGCGCUCCAGGAUCAUGGAGCUGGAGAGGGAGGUGGCGGAUCUCCAGCUCAGGCUCCGGGCGUCUCAGCAGAAGGAGGAUGCCGUGUCUCUGUCUCAGCAACAGAUUAGCAGCCUCAAGGCUCAGGCGCAGUCUCAAGAGAAAAAGAUCAGUGAGCUGAGCGUUGACCUGGAGAGCAAACAGAAAGAGCUUCAGUCUGUGCAGCAAGAUAAGAGUUCUGUAGAACAGCAGCUGACCGGCCUGAAACAAAAGCUUGAGGUAGCUGAGGAGGAGAACAAGAGCACAGCAAAGACCAUGCAAGAACUGGAGCAGAGUGUGGAGCAGUCAAAGAAAGACUACCAGACCCUGAGAGAGGAGAGCCAGUGCAGAGAGAGAGAGCUGACUGACCAGCUGAUGCAGGCCACAGAGAAGUCAGAGAGGGCGGCCCAGUCAGCCGAGCAGCUGACCAAUGAGAAUAAGACACUGGAGACACAGCUUGAGGCUUUGAAGCAGCAGAACUCGAAAUACCAGGAGGAGCUGAGUCUGACGAAGGAGCGGAGCAGCUCAGAAAACCAGCGCAUCGGCGUCCUCUGCAAGGAAAUUGAGGAGCUGAAGCUGGCCUCCCAGAAGUCCCAGCAUCUCGAGGAGCACAAUGAGGAUCGCAACAGCCAACAACCGGACAUGAAGACCAGAGAAACCAUCUCUAAUCAGGAAACCACUGGCACCUUAAUCUCAGACAAAGAUCGGGAACUGGAAACUCUGAGGAGUGAGAUCGCGGUUCUGCGAGGAGAAAACGCCGUGGCCAAGACCCUGCAGUCGGCCGUGGAGACGUUGGAGAGAGACAAAGCUCAGCUGCAGAGCCGUGUUUACAGUCUAGAGCAAAGGCUCAUGGGAACGCAGGCUUCAGAGGGAGAAGACAGGGAAGCUCCACCGUCAGGCGAUGCAGCUCUGGAGCAGCUGAGGGAAGAAAAGGAGUUUGCUGAGGGACAGAUCAACUUCCUGAACAGCGUGAUUGUGGACCUGCAGCGGAAAAACGAGGAGCUGAAGAUCAAACUGAAGAAACUCGCUCUGUCUGAGUUCAACGGUAACGACGGGACUGAUGGUUUUGAUGAACGUGUUUCGAAGCGGGAAAAGAAGGCGACCCCCCGUCUGUUCUGCGACAUCUGCGACUGCUUUGACCUCCACGACACCGAGGACUGCCCCACUCAGGCCCAGAGCCCCGACUCUGUCCCUCACACCACCUAUCACGGCAACCCGGCCGACGAGAGGCCCUACUGCGACAUAUGCGAGGCCUUCGGACACGCCACAGAGUCCUGCAACGAUGAUCAGACCUUCUAGAGGCUCCAGAAACUCUGUCCCUGCAUUUUAAUUCCUUCCCUCUCCUCUUUCUUCUUCCCCUUGAGCACUGCUCACCUUUUACUGUCCUGCUACUUCUCCCUCCGUCCAGCCCGACAUGCCUGCAGAGUUUUCCAUAAUGUAUUUUUAUACUGUAUUUAUGCAUAUCUCUGGUAGCCACUGUCCUGAUCUAAAUCCUUGACCCCGCAGCUCUUUUCUCUGAAGAUAAACUGUUCUGUGAUGCAGAAUGCUCGUCCAAAUAUGCUGUUUUGGUGCAAUAUCGAUGUUUAUAACAAAAGGAAUCCGUCCUCUGCACUUGUCGUUUUUACCGUGUUGUUUUGCAUUUAAGGAUGUUUUCUAAAAUAAGCAAAAUGUUCGGGGCUUUAUCGAAUCCUGAAAAAAGGGAUGCAGCUCAGUUAAGCACAGUUAAAACUGAAGGGAAAAUGAAGUUCGUCUCUGACUUUACAUUCCUGUCCUCUGUUUCACAUUCCUCCGUCUGAGCGGCUCUGAACCGAUCAGAGUGAUACUGCCACGUCAGACAUUUCACUCAUCUUUUGUGUUUACUAAUAUUUUACAAAGCCGACUUAUAACGGAGUAUUAGGGCCACGAUUUUAACAUUUGGAGAAUAGAUUCCUGAUUUUAUGAGAAAAACUCAAUAUUCUGACCAAAACAAAAAAUAUAUAUAUUUUGAAAAAAGAAGUUGAGAUAUUUUGAAGAAAAAGAUGUUUAAUUAUGAGAAUACUACAAUUUAAUUCUCAUAACAGAACAACUCUCUAAAUAUUUUAACUUUAUUCUUGUAAUUUUUUGGGGGAAAUAUCACAGCUUUAUACUUUCUAUAUUACAUAUUAUUAUAUGUAUAUUAGAUGUUUUCUCCAAAUAUUAUGACUAAACAUUUUGACUUUUUGUAAUGGCCCUAAUUCUUCGUCUACCACCUUCAUGUUAACUGAUGGAAAACUAACAAUAACGAUGUAACAUGAGCAAAGUUCAGUCUUUACCUUGGAAAUCGUAGUUUCCAUGGUUACUUGUUUUUUUCCAGAGCUUUCAACUCCUCUUAUUCCCAUGUUCACAGACACACUAAACAGAGUUUACGCCAUCUGUUGAUGAAGACCAUGAGAAGCAAAUGAAGGCUUCAGAAAAAACUAGUAAGUGGACGUUGAGUUAAAGGGCCCCCCUGCAGGUUGUACACAUACAGGUCAGUUUAUUUGUUUACUUGCUCACUUUUAUCGUCUGAAGUGGCUGUACAACAUUUUUGUGUUUGCAGUCGUAUCACACAGCACACAGCUUCAGAACUUUUGGUGGUGGGAUUGUUUUGUCAGCGACUGUUUCCAAGGUGACGAAUGAACUUUCUGUUGAACAGUUUUGUGUAUUUACCUUCACAGGUCAGCAGACAGGUUAAUCUCCACUGAGAGUCACUGAGGAUUUGUUGUAGUUACUAAUGAAGUUGUUGCGUUUCGUUAUUUAUUGUCUAAUCUUUCGCUAACCAGUCAUGUUCCUACAGGGAAAUAAGCUAGCACUGAUUAAAGGUGUAUAGUCUGCACUAGGAUUACUGUAGUACAGGUGGACGUUUGAAAUGCAUCUGCCUCAUGUUACAGGAACUCACCCAUAGAAGCUUCUGCUCACUUAGAUUUGCACUGUCCACUUUAAAGAUUCAAAAGGAACACACGGCGCUUUAAUGUUACGAUGCUAACGUUAUUUAAAAGGUCAGCGCAGAUUAUUCAGCCUGCCCCCUUUUCAGCUGACUUUUGACAUUUUGGGAAAGAAUCUUACUCACUUUUUACAUGAGAAGUUUUUUUUUACAAGUUACAUUAAAAAAAAUCGAUUCCACUUUCACAUCUGGGUUGUGAAUGUGAGGCUACAGCAGGUUAGCUUAGCUUAGCACAAAGCCUGGACACGGGGGAAACGGCUGGUCUGACUCUGUGUCAUAAAACACUUUUACACUAUGAGUUUUGUACAGAUCAAACCAACAAAACAUUAUAGGCCUGUUUACUGAAGACGACAAAAAAAAAAAAAAAGUUAAAAAACAAACAAACUGGGGCUGCAGAG